AAGAGUUAAGAAAAAUGGCGGAAAUCAACGUCAAACCAUACGACGUCGUUAUCUUGGGCGCCUCCGGUUUCACCGGCAAAUACGUAGUCCGAGAAGCCCUCAAAUUCCUCAACACUCCCGACUCUCCCCUCAAGUCCCUCGCCUUAGCGGGCCGAAGCCCAUCUCGGCUUUCCCAUGCCCUGCAAUGGGCCGGCGGCCCGAAGCAGGCGCAGGGGAUCCCACUCCUCUGCGCCGACACUUCGGACCCCGACUCCCUCGACCGUCUCGCCUCUCAGGCGAGGAUCGUGCUGAACUGCGUGGGACCCUAUCGGCUCCACGGGCAGCCCGAAGUGGCGGCGUGCGUGGAGUCGGGGUGCGACUACUUGGACAUCUGCGGCGAGCUGGAGUUCAUGGAGAGGAUGGAGGCGACCUACCAUGACGAGGCGGUGAAGAAUGGGUCGCUGUUGGUGUCUGCCUGUGGGUUUGACACGGUAGCGGCGGAGAUGGGGAUGCUGUUCCACUCUAGUUACUGGGCCGGGGCCUCGGCGCCGAGCCGGGUUGAGGCGUAUCUGAGCUUGGAGUCCGAUAGGAGGAUCGGUGCGAACUACGCGACGUAUGAAUCGGCGGUGCUUGGGGUGGCUAACGCCGAUAAACUGGCAGAGCUGCGGCGGUCCAGCCGAAGAAGGCCCCUUCCCAAGGUAAUUUAA